AUGCCUCAACCGCCGUUGUACACACCAUUGUUAGAUAUGCUCCGCUGCAAAUAUCCAAUUCUAUGCAUGAUUGAUUGCCAUCUUGUGCAGGCCGAAUUUGCCGCAGCGAUUAGUAAUGCGGGUGGUCUUGGAUGCAUGAAGCUAGGCAACAAAACUGGCUCAGAGGUUCGUCGGGAAAUUCAGACGUAUCGAAUGUUGAGCCAGGAGCCUUUCGCGGUCGUCCUAGAGCGAGCUGCUACCGUUCGUUCGCAUUUCAAUGCACAGAUCGAGGCUUGUGUGGAGGCGCAGA